GUUCCCUGGCGGCCGCUCUAGACCAUAACGGCUGCGUUGGAACCUCGCGAGAAGAAAUGAGGGUCACCACCGAGGAAACAUAGCCCAUCAGGCAGGUGCUGCCUCCGGAACUCUGAAGCCGGAAGAUCCGGAACUAAGGGCACCAACUGCAGGAUCACACCCCUCUGGCCUUGUGGUCAAGUCAGUGUAGGGCAUGGUCCGGUUUGGACCAUAAGUUCUUCUUGUUCGAGUUUCAGUUUUGUACGUUUCUCUUGUUUGUUCCCCAACACAGUGCUACAGGAGGGUUUUUUUUGGUUUUUUGUUUGUUUGUUUGUUUGUUUUGGGUUUUUUUGGCGCUGAGGAAACAGACUUUGAAAGAGUUAAUGGUAAGAACAAGGUCACAUAAGAAAAGGAACACAUUUAUUCUUUCAUAUCUCUAUUGUGUCUUAGUGAAAAAUGCCACGAAAUCGUCUGUGGACAAGAGAGGAAACAAGAAUGUUGGGGGCGAUACAACAAGUAAUGACUGGCAUACUUCUUCACUGCCUGGGACUGCUCUGGAUGUAUUUGUCACUCACACAAACUACUGCAUUUGGAGCCACAUAUAUUCCUCUUGCAUUACUAACGGCAUAUCCAUUUUGGUCAUCCUUGCUUUUUAUCUUCACGGGAGCAUUUACAGUAUCAUUAGAAAAGAUACGUUCACCAUUCUUGGUGUCUUAUACUUUAGUAGCAAACAUCGUAAGUGCCUGUAUUUCAGUGAUUGGUCUGCUUUUACUAUCAAAAAGUGGCAAACUCCUUUCGGAAUAUCUGUUCAUAUUAACCAUCUUGGAGUUGUUUGUGGCAAGUAUAGUCAGCCACUGGGCAUCCCAAGCAAAAAAGAGAAGAAGAUAAAGAUGCAGUUCAUGGCAGAAGGAGAUCCUUUCUCUGCAUAUUAAAGAAACCAUCGGUGAGCUCAGUCAAGGAGGAAAGUUUAGUGGCAAAUGAAGAACUUCAUUCUGUUCAAGAGGCUUCUUGGAAAAUGUAAUUUCAUUAAAUCCAUCUCAGUAUUCUCUUCCCCCUAUUUCAUUAAUAAAAAUUAAAAUUGA